CAAACUUCUAGAUAAUGGUUAAUCACGCUGCAGAAGACCUAAUAUCAGCCUUCAUUGGAGGCUGUUUGAUUGGGCUAGCCACUACUUUGAACUAUUACAUGUAUGGAAGAAUCACCGGAAAUAGUGGAAUAUUUAAUACAUUAAUCAAAUUCAACGUGAAAGAAGGAUUAAGAUGGAAGUACUCAUUCCUUGCAGGUAUUGCCUCGAUUGGGUACCUGAUUUAUCUGAUCACUGACAAUGGAAAAUGGACUACCAGCUCCUUCACAUUAUACUUCUUCGAUCCUAUUGAUGCUGCUAUUGGUGAUCUCCACAUAGGCGGCUGGGUCCUUGCUGGAAUCCUCGUAGGAAUCGGCACCAAAAUGGGGAAUGGAUGUACUAGUGGACACGGAGUCUGUGGACUUCCAAGACUCAGCAUAAGAUCUAUCGUUGCUGUUGGAACAUUCAUGGGUUGUGGAAUCGCAAUCGCAACUCUUAGAUAUCAUGUAGAAUUCCUCAGGUCCAGACAAUCCUUUGGAAAUGGCUUUGAAGACGCUUGGCCAAUCACAGGUGGAGUUUUGGUUGCAAUCAUUCUUGCCAUUUUCAUCGGCCUCACCAUCUACAUGUUCAUAAAAAUGGAAGAAGCUAAAGAUAAAUGGGACAUGCCAAUUGGGUUCUGUGUUGGACUCAUUUUCGGAGCUGGACUUGUAAUCAGCGGUAUGUGAAGAAGAACUAAAAUUGUCAACUUUUUGACAAUUCAUAAAGACUGGGAUCCAUCUCUUAUGCUAGUCAUGUGUGGAGCUAUUUUGGUAAAUGCUUUUACAUUUACUUGGAUCAUUUAUAAAGUAAAAGAGCCUGUUUUUGGAGAGACUAUCUGAAACCCAAAGAAUAAAAAGGUUGAUCUCAGACUAGUCUGUGGAGCGGCACUGUUUGGACUAGGAUGGGGAAUCGGAGGAUUAUGUCCAGGACCUGGUAUGAUAAACUUCUUCCUUGUCACUCAUAUGAUCAUCUGGAUCCCAUGACUUGCAAUUGGCCAGUUAGGAUUUGAGAUUGUUGAUAAAUCAAUUUCCAAAUACAGGCAACCAAAAGCAGAAGAAGAGUACGAUCCAUCUGCAAAUAAGGUGCAUCCUUAAUCACAAUGAUGCUAAUAAUUCUAAAUCAUAAAAUUUUUU